AUGCUUUUCAAGUCAGCUUUAACCGCCGCCUUAGCCGGCUCUGUCCUCGCUAUCGAAGGCCACCAACAUCACGAACAUCAAGGUAAGAGAGACGUCAAGGUUGUCACCCAAGUCAAUGUCGUCGAAGUCACCGUUGCCGGUAACCAAGUUGUUCCAAACUCUGUUACCCAACCAGCUUUGAGUACCUUGUCUACUGUCACCACCUCUGCUGCCACUACCGUUGAUGCUGCCAACACUGAUGCUGCUUCAACCGCUGCUGCCGCCGCCUCCACCGCUUCCUCCACCGCUGCCACCACCGGUUCUACUUCUGUAGGUUCAGGUGGUGCCAAGGGUAUCACUUACUCCCCAUACUCCGAUGAUGGUGGAUGUAAGAGUUCCUCCGACAUUGCUUCUGAAAUCGCCAAGCUCUCUGGUUUCAACAUCAUCCGUUUGUACGGUGUUGACUGUGACCAAGUCAGUGCUGUCUUAGCUUCUAAGACCUCCUCCCAAAAGAUCUUUGCCGGUAUCUACGAUAUGACCGCUAUCUCUGAUGGUGUCUCCACCUUGGCUGCUGCCGUUAAGUCCCUGGGUUCAUGGGACGAUAUCUACACCGUCUCCAUCGGUAACGAAUUAGUCAACAACGGUGAAGCUACCACUUCCCAAAUUCAAUCUUACGUUGAAUCUGGUAGAUCCGCUUUGACUGCCGCUGGUUACUCCGGUCCAGUUGUCUCUGUAGACACUUUCAUUGCUACUAUCAACAACCCAGCCUUAUGUGACUACUCUGACUACGUCGCUGUCAACGCCCACGCUUUCUUCGACGGUGGUAUCGCUGCUGCCGGUGCCGGUGCCUGGGUUUUGGAACAAAUCGAACUUGUUUCUACUGCUUGUGGUGGUAAGGAUGUCUUGAUUGUUGAAUCUGGUUGGCCAUCAAGCUGUACCUCUAACGGUAAGGCUUCAUGUUCUUCCGAACUCCAAGCUGCUGCUAUUUCAAGUAUUAAGUCUUCUUGUGGUAACGAUGUUUUCUUAUUCAACGCCUACAAUGACUUAUGGAAGGCUGAUGGAUCAUACAACUGUGAAAAGUACUGGGGUAUCUUCUCUUCUUAG